AUGAUCAGAACCCUUCGCCACACCGCCGUGCGUGCCUCCCUCGCCCCUCGCGUCGCUCCUCUGCUCGCUAGCGUGACCAGAGCGUUCCACGAGUCUCCCAACAAGCACAACACCACCUUGGGCAACGUCAACUACCCAUCGCCCGUGGCAUUGAAGCACGACGCUGCCAGCCUCGAGAAGACCUCCACCGAGUACUUGAAGAACUUCACCAAUGGCGAGCUCUUGUCGUACUUUGUCAUUGGAUUGGCCACCCUCAACAAGCCCAUCUUGAACCUCUGCAUCAAGAUGUUCCCCUACGUGCCCAUGCCCAUCAUCAGGGCAUUGGUCUACAAGAUCUACUGCGGAGGCGAGACGGUGGAAGAGCUUCCCGUCACCGCAAAAAGAUUGACCGAGAGAGGCAUCAACAACAUGAUGCUCUCGUUGACCAUCGAAGCCUGCAACGGUAACGACAACGUCGAUCCCGACUUCAUUGUGGCCGAAACCAAGCGCUCCAUCAAGGACAUGUUGAUCCCCCACACCUUGAACACCAUCAAGGAGUCUGGCAAGGACAUCAACAGCAUUCCCCCUGGUUACGUGGCCUUGAAGCCCACUGGCUUCGUCAAGGACGCUGCUGCCGUGUUGAAGAACUACCAAACCGAAGAGUACGCUGCCAAGUUCGACGCUUUGGUCGCCAAGGCCGAGGAGGUCUGUGGCACCAUCUACGAAGCCAACAAGAACUUGGCCCUCGAGCACCCCGAAAGAACCGCCCCCUUCGUGGUCGCUGUCAUUGACGCCGAAAAGCACGAGUUGCAGGAAGGUGUCUACGAAUUGCAGAGAAGAUUGUACGCCAAGUUCAACAAGCCAAACAUGCCUGUGUCCAUUGUCGGCACCUUGCAAAUGUACUUGAGUCAAUCCUCGGAAUUGUUGGCAUUGGAAGAAAAGUUGGCUAGAGAAAACAACUAUAGAUUGGGUAUUAAAUUGGUUAGAGGAGCAUACAUCCACUCCGAAAAGAACAGACAGGAAAUCAUCCACUCCACCAAGGAGAACACCGAUGAGAACUACAACCAAGGCAUGACUUACUGCAUUGACUCCAUUUUGUCCGACUCCGGUAACGGCAACUUGAUUGGCCACUUGGUUGUUGCUUCCCACAACGAUGUCUCCUUGACCUUGGCCACCCAUGCGUUGGCCAACGAAGCCUACCAAGGAAACAAGAACAGAAACAACAUCGUUUUGGGUCAAUUGUUGGGUAUGGCCGACAACAUCACCCACAACUUGAUCAAGAACUACAAGGUCGACAACAUCAUCAAGUACGUCGCCUGGGGUCCACCAUUGGAAACCAAGGAGUACUUGUUGAGAAGAUUGGAAGAAAACGGUGAUGCUGUCAAGAACGACAAUGGAUGGCCAUUGGUCAAGGCUGUUACUCAAGUCUUGAGUAAGAGAUUGAUUGGUGCUUAA